GCAUCCCUUGUCCCCAAAGGUCGUGGUACGGUAUCGGACUGACCCGUAGUCGCACGCGAUGGCGCCGAAGAGCAAAGCCAGGACGCUCAUCGUCCGCCUCAUCUCCACCGCCCAGACGGGCUUUUUCUACACGAAAGUGCGCCCACGGCUGGGCCCGCGCCUCUCCGCCGUCAAGUACGACCCCGUCGUGAAGUCCAGGGUACUCUUCGUCGAGAGCAAGAAGACGAAGAAGUAGGGUACCUGAGGCUCGCACGUCUAUGGACCCCGCGCACCUAUAGACGCCGAUACCCUACUCUCUGGCGCGGCGCCUGGCGUAUGCACGCUUGCAUGGUUGUAGAAGAGGGAGCCCUCGCCUGGCUGAAGAAGAUAUUAUAUCUACGCCGCGCAAGGAGCGACUUUACUACACACACCCCAAUCUAACCAGUACCCUGGCCUUACAGCGCCUUCAUAUGCAAUGAACAUGCGCCGCGCUAGCAUUCACCGCUCCCUGAACCCCAGACUAGAGAUCACCUGCUCAGCUUUCUCGUUUGCAUCCCGUCGACGAAGCCCAGGUAACCCCACCACUGAUCCCUGAAAGACACGGCAGGAUAGUCGUCUGCGAAC